GGCAGCGAAUAUCGUCCGGGAAUCCCACGAGGCCGCACCAGCUCGCGUCAAAAGCCUUGUCCAGCGCAUCCAGGCGCAUGCCAAGUCGGACUUCGAGAUGCGCUAUGCGGACGAUCUCGAACGCAGCGCCCACGCUCUGAAGGGCCACCUCGAGCUAUCGCCGGUUGCUCCCCAAAGCCUCGACCAGGUCAAGCAGGCGCUGCAGAGGCACUCUUCCCAGUGCCGCUCAUACAGGGACGCGCUGUAUGCCGCCCUCGAGGCUGCCUUUUUCGGCCUAGGUGGUCGAAGCACUACCCUACUGCCGCGCAUUUGUCCAGCCUUCUUCUUGUCACAGCUUGCAACCUCCCGCUUAAAAACGAUUCCUACCUCCUGGAGGCCUGCUCUCAUUCGAUACGGACUGGCAUAUCAAGACGCGCAGCGUGCCGAGCGGCUGCUGGCACUGGCAUCUCAAAGCAGCCUAGCUGACCUCGCCAAGGAGCUGGGAAACACGGCGCACCAGAAUUGGACGCCUUAUGAGUACCCGUUUGUCCUGCUCAUGGAGGUCGAGAGCAAUAUCACCAUUCGCAAGGUCCAGAUCGACAUCGCUCGGCAGAUGAUCAGCCCUCCGGAUGGCCGGAACUCUGUCAUGCAGCUGAACAUGGGAGAGGGCAAGUCGACUGUCAUUGUUCCCACCGUCGCCGCUGCCCUAGCCAACGGUGACCACCUGGUCCGCGUCGUCACGGCCAAGGCGCAAGCUCCUCAGAUGCGUCAGAUGCUGCUUUCCAAACUCGGCGGGCUCCUCGACAUCAAGAUCCACCAGCUUCCGUUCUCUCGCACGCUACGGCUAAAUGCCGCACAGGUGUCCUUUAUCGCGCGAGAUCUGCAGGCAUGCCGGGAAGAAGGCGGAGUUUUGCUGGUGCAGCCCGAGCACCUGCUCUCCUUCAAGCUCAUGGGCCUCGAGUUCCUCAUCAACGGCAAGACCUCGAUCGGUCAAGAACUGAUCAAAACUCAGCGCCUACUUGAGUUCACGUCAAGGGACAUUGUGGACGAGAGCGACGAGAACUUCAGCGUCAAGUUCGAGCUUGUUUACACUAUGGGUACCCAAAGGCCCAUCGACUUCAGUCCCGACAGGUGGCAUCUUCUUUUAAAUGUCCUGACUUUUCUUAAGGAUGUGGCCUUGGCCAUCGCCCAGGAAAUGCCUAGAUCCUUCGCGAUUAACGACCAACAUGGCUCUGGGUCCUUCCCCCGCCUCCGUAUAUUCGACCAAGAGGCUCAGAAUUGCCUUGUCCAUGCUAUCGCCAAGCGAAUUUGUGAGACCGGACUUCCUGGACUGCCCAUUGCUAGGCAGGGCGAUGACUCACGUGCGGCACUCCUCACGUACCUGACGAAACAAGACUUGACUCCCGAGGAAAUUGCGGCCGUUGAGACUCCUGGAGCACGCAGUUUCUGGAGCGAGUCGACCAAGCGCUCACUGCUUCUCCUUCGCGGUCUCCUUGCUGGCGGAGUUCUCGGCUUCGUCUUCUCGAAGCGAUGGAGGGUCAGCUACGGCUUCGACCAAAGCCGCAACCCGCCGACACGGCUCGCUGUUCCCUACCGGGCCAAGGACUGCCCUUCGGCGCGCUCAGAAUUUUCACAUCCUGAAGUCGUAAUGCUUUUGACCGCGCUGAGCUCAUAUUACGGCGGCCUCUCCAACGACGACUUAUUCCUUGCAUUCACCCACCUUUUAAAGUCGGACCAGCCCGAACAGGAUUACGAUGAGUGGGUUAGAGACGCAAACUCUAUGCCCCCUUCCUUCCAGCACCUCGACGGAGUCAACAUCAAAGAUCGUGGACAGUGUACCCAGCAAAUCUUCCCUCGUCUGCGGUAUUCCAAGGGCGCGAUCGAUUUCUUCCUAAGUCGAGUCGUCUAUCCAAAGUUCAUGAAGGAGUUUCCUUCCAAGCUGAGUUCCAGCGGAUGGGACCUCGGAGAGGAAAAGGUUCACCCAACCACCGGCUUUUCGGGCACAAACGACUCCCGGGAACUCCUCCCACUGUCAGUCGAUCAUCUCGAUCUGCCCGACCAGAAGCACACCAACGGCCUCGUUCUUAAGUAUCUACUGCAAGAUGAGAACGGCGUGACCUCGAUUCCGCCGCGCCAAGGCUCGCCGGCGUUAGAUGCCGACUUACUCCUCAGUUUGGUGGUGAAUAUGCAGGAUGAUGAGGUCCGGGUCAUCUUGGACGUUGGGGCACAGAUUCUCGAGUUGGGAAACGCCGAAGUUGCCCAGAAGUGGCUGAAAAUGGAGUCUGAGAUCAACUCCUACCGUGGCAUAAAGGCGUGCGUUUUCGUCAACGACAAAGACGAGCUGCAAGUUGUGGACCUCAAAGGCCACACCGAGCCGCUCUUAAUUUCGCCCUUUUAUCGUCAGCUCGACGUGUGCCUUGUUUUCCUUGACGAGGCGCACACCCGAGGCACGGAUCUUAAGCUUCCCGACAACUAUCGAGCUGCCUUAACCCUCGGAGCCGGCCUUACCAAAGACAGGCUGACACAGGCAGCCAUGCGAAUGCGGAAACUUGGAAAAGGCCAGUCCAUCACUUUCUGUGUCCCGCAGGAGAUCGAGACCAAGAUCCUCCAGCGUGCCGGCAAAAACUCGAUCGAGGUCAUGGAUGUCCUCGAGUGGUCCAUCCAUGAGACGUUUGCUGACAUCCAGCGGAGCAUCCCCCUGUGGGCGGUCCAAGGGCGGAGGUACGCCCACCAAAAGAGCAUUUACUCCCAAGCGGGCAGUGGCCUGAUUACCCAGGACCUGGCAAACAAGCUCCUCGAAGACGAGGCCCAGGCAAUUGACGAUCUCUACCGGCCAGGCGAGCGCAUCGCCAAACCAUGCUGUCCAGAGGCCGGCCAGCACCCGGGCGUGGACCGCAUCAUGGACUGCUGCGCAAAGUUCGGCUCCGUAAGCCUGGGAUCUGCCGCGCUGCACGAGGAACAGGAGCGAGAGCUUUCGCCCGAGAUCGAACAGGAGCGGCACGUUGAGAAGCCCAAGCCCGCCGAGCCGGCGCCCCACAGGAUCGACGCGGCAAUGCUGCACUUUGUUCGGACUGGCGAUAUCCCUGCCCCUUCGGCGUCGCACUGUUUCCCCUCCGCUUGGAACUCUCUCGCCCGCACAACCGCUGCCGCCGCCAUCCGCUUGCGUGUCAACGAGUUCCCCUGCGACGUCCGGGCCACUCGCGACUUCGCCACCACGAUCCAGGAGUCGGGCGGCUCGGCCCUCGGCGCCAAAAGCCAGCUCGACCAGUACCAGCGGGCGGUGCGAUGGAUCCUGACCAGCACCCACGGCGACCCCUCUGGCGCGGUGCGCACCAUGGUCAUCAUCAGCCCCUUCGAGGCCCAGGCCCUGCUGGAGGAGAUCGCCGCGCGCCGAAAGGUGACUCUGCACCUGUACGCGCCUCGCUCGACAAUGGGCUUCGCCCCGCUCGAUCACCUGCUCUUGCACGCCCGCCCGACGCCGCCUCCGACCUGGACGUGCCCGCUCAAGCUCAAGGCACAGCUCAACGCCUUUUCCGGGCAGCUCUUUAUUUCAUCCUAUAACGAGUACAAGGCCAUCUGCGAGACGUUCGGGCUCGAUUGGGCGGGCGGCCUAGGCGACGGGGUCUUUGUCCAUGCCGAUGGGUUCAUCGACCCGGCUUCCAGGGAGGUAAACGGAACCGACAGCAAGGAGGUGUGCGCGUUCACGCAGAGUCCUGUCCCAUUCCUCAAGAUUCUCAUGACCAAGAUUCGCCGUGACUGCGAGAGUAUCGACAAGUCACACAUUGGCAUGAUGCUAAACGGCAUCGUUCUCCUGGAGAAGGCCUUCAAGACACCCGACCCUCCCUCUGUUGAGGAGCUGUGAGCAGAUCCUCGGAACAACACAAUCUCUCCACCAAGCGAGACCCGCAGGGUUGUCUAAGACUAGGUACUUCCCACCCUGAUAUCGAAGGAUGUCUUUUCCUUUCUUUAUCACGUUAGCACAUCCCCGCUUGUCUCCAUCUGUAUGGCCACCAACUCAACAACCCAUGCUUCGCCCCUCUUCUCUUUUAUGUUAUGGAUAGUAUCAGGAAGGAGUUUCUCCGCUAGGAUCCCUGGAAGAGAGAUACAGGACAGCUGGCUCGCGUCCGUGGUGGCCAAUCGAAUGCAAACAGAAGUGGCGAAGGUGGCCACGCUUGAGCAGCCGAAGGUACAUACGAGUACUUCGGCCCUCCAGCGUCCGAGGAGACACCCGUGAUGUAUGGCCCGCGACACUGUUCGCGCCGAAUCCAGCCGAAAUUUGGUCCUCACAGCACUUGGAGAAACUAGACCAAGCGAGGAUGCUGGGGUAGCCGCCGUGGCUGCUGCACGGUAAUGGGUUUGCAUUUUGGCUGGCGACGAUUGGCCAAGCUAUUCCACUCUGCAUCCAGGUGUGCAGGAGCAAGUUUGCGAUCGCCCCACGAUUUGUUCCGUACCGUUCUGCCCCUUAUCUUAUCAGCCUGCGGCCGCCAGCUGCACCAAGCGAAUUGGCGGGGCUCCGGGCUGUCGAGGCAGGCAGAGAGAUCCUGGCGGUCGCAGUGCAGUCAAGACGAUGGCAUUGAAGGGAAUUGACUUGGGUCGAUUCCCUGCAGCUGGACCGGCCGGCCUGCCGACCCGGAAAAGUUCUGUGCCGUGCCUGGCGGUCUUUCAGGCGGUUAACCACUCGGCCCGCAUGGCCAGGCGGACGGUGAGUUUCGUAGCCGCCAUAAAGCUUUGCGGAGAUUAUGGUUCGGGCAGUUCAGGGUGCGUUCGCAAGUCUGGGAGCCAGCGGCCUCUUUUGCAACCUGGCCGGCCAUUUCGUGGAAUUGUACGUGCCAUCCAAGGUGCCGGAGUUGGUCGAGCGCCUGGAGCUCCUGGACCAGGAUGUACUGUACUGAGGGGCACUUGGGAUUCCUGGGUCAACUCGCCGUGAAAACGUCGACAGCCAAAAGCGGCUUUUGGGGGUGGGUUGGCUACGAUACUAAUCCAGAUAAUGAAAUGGGUUGCAACUGAUUUAACGACGAUCAUUUAGGCUGAGAACGCCGAGUGUGGCGUAGCAGAGGCCGGGUUUGCUUGAAAAGUCGAGGCUAAAAAGAGAAGUAUUACCCCACCUUUCAGCAGCCAAAAUUCGCCUUUCGCACCCCACCAUCAACCAAACGGGUGACCCAGGGACCCAUGAGCAGGAAAUGGCAGACCCAAAAAACCUGAAAAACUGGAAGUGGCUUUCUUGAUAGCUAGAAACGGGGGAGGCGCACGCGACCAGUUAUUGAGCCAAUAAGAAUCAAUUUAUGACGUCCACUUGAACAGGUGGAAUUCCACCUGUUGAUGUGGGUAUUCCUCAGGCCCGCUUCUCCGCCAGGAUUCGCUUCUGCUAUCGGUGCCUCAGGCAUAAACUCUCCGUACCCUACACCUGGCGAUCCUC